AUGAAGAAAAAGGAACUUUUAAAAAUUUUAGAAUUGACCACAAAGUGUGCUCGCAACAAACAAGCCUCAGCAUCAUUGAUUGUACCGCCAUCAUCAUCACAUGACUUGGAAAAAAGCACAUUUAUAAAUAAUAGCAAUUUAAGCACAUCAAUACUGAAUAUUCAAAAACGAUUGGUAUAUAAAUUUAAUAAUCGGACCUUUUUACUGCAAGCACUGAUGAGGCGUUCUUUCAUUUUGGAAAGCAGUGGUAGCAGCUCACUGGAUGGAACAGCACAUCAAAGGUUAGAAUUUAUUGGAGAUCGAGUGUUAGAAUUAGCCAUAGCCAGAAUUCAAUUCAUAAACAACCCUCAAGACCAUGAACGAGAAUUAAACGACAAAUUGAAAUAUUGUGUAAACAAUGUUACUCUUGCAACAAUUGCAAGCAAUCUAGAACUAGGGAAAUAUUUACUUAUUGGAAAAGGAGAGGAGAUCAAUGGAGUUCGUGAAAACCCAAAGGUGUUGGCUGAUACUUUGGAAGCCAUCAUUGGAGCGAUUUAUUUGGACAGUAACGAAAACAUGAAGAGAAUUUGUAAAUUUGUCGCCCUUCAUUUCAAAGAUUAUCUUAGACAGGUGUAA